AUGCAUUCGCCAAAAUCACCCACCGAAAAGGCAUCGUUGACGUCGCCUACCUCCUCCACCUCCACCCCCUCUACAGCCUCCUCCACAUCCUCUCCCAAGCCUCCCAAGCGCCGUCUGCCUAAGAUGAGCAACACGGACGUUCUCAUCGUCGGCGCCGGCCCGACGGGCCUCACCCUCGCCCUCGAGCUGUCGGUACAGGGCAUCCCCUUCCGCCUCAUCGACAAGCUGGCCGAGCCGUCGGACAAGUCGCGCGCGCUCGCUGUCCAGUGCCGCUCGCAGGAGCUCCUCAACCGCCAUCCGCACAUCGCCGAGUCCAUGCUGACGGACGGCACAAAGGGCCCCGGUGUCAACAUCCACUGCAACAAGCGCCUGCUCGUCACCGGCACGUUUGACGACCUCGGCAUCGAGGACACCCGCUUCCCGCUGCCCCUGUGGAUCUCCCAGGCCGACACCGAGGCUGCCAUGCUGCGCCAGCUCGAGGCCUACGGUGGCCACGUCGAGCGUGGCGUGACGGCAUGCGACAUCAAGCAGGAUGGUGUCCGCGCGAGCGCCACGCUCAUCCGGGGCGGCGGCGGCGGCGGCGGCGAGUCGGGGGAGGAGGAGGGGGGGGAGGAGAAGAAGGAGAUCGUGCGGGCCAAGUUCAUUGUCGGGUGUGACGGCGCGCACAGCGUUGUACGGCACAGCGCCGACGUGUCGUUCGAGGGGUCGCAGUACCCGACGCAGUACAUCCUCUGCGACGCCCGAAUCCGGGGCGAGUACGACACCGAGCGCAUCUCGCUCUUCCUCGGCCGCCGCGUCAUGGUCGCCUUUCCGCUCAAGGACGGCGUGCUCCGUAUGGUGGGCGAGCGGUCAUCACUGAGCAAGCGCGAGGGCGAUCCGGACGUCGAGGAGUUCCAGGCCUUCAUGCACGAGAUCAUGGGCCCCGGGCUCGAGAUUGAGGAGGCGCUGUGGCUGACGAGCUUCAAGUGGAACUGCCGCGGCGUCAACAAGUACCGCGACGGACGGCUGCUCCUGGCCGGCGACGCGGCGCACAUCCACUCGCCGGCGGGCGGGCAGGGGAUGAACACGGGGAUCCAGGAUGCCAUCAACCUCGGGUGGAAGCUGGCGGCGGUGCUGCGGGGCGAGAAGGAGGAGGCCUUCCUCGACACGUACCACGAGGAGCGGUACCCGGUUGGGCGGCACCUGCUGGCGGGGACAGACCGCAUCUUCACGAUGGUGGCGUCGCAGAACACGCUCUUCACGACGGUGCGCAACGCGCUGAUGCCGUGGAUCGUGCCGCGGAUCUGGAACAACCGGGCGCGGCGGCUGUCGCUCUUCACCUUCAUCUCUCAGAUGUCCAUCAAGUACCGGCGGAGCCCGAUCGUGGGCACGGCGCUCGGGUUCGAGGGCCCCGUGCGGGGCGGGUGGCGGGCGCCGGACGGCGAGGUGGCGGACGAGCGGGGCGACAAGGCCGGGUGGCUGCUCGGGCUGACGAGCGCGCGCGACCACACCGUCUUCCUCUUCGCCGGCACGGACACGGACGAGGAGGGUCUCGAGCGGGCCGAGGAGAAGCUGGUGACGGACGGCCGGUUCAAGGAGUACGGCGUCGUCAAGGUGUACGCGGGCGAGGCGGUCGGCCGGGGCGGGUACAGGGACCCGGACGGCGUGCUGCACGGGCGGUACGGAUUCGGCGGCGGGGGCGCGGGCAUGGUGGUCGUGCGGCCGGACGGCUACGUCGCCUUCAUCGGGCCGGCCGAGUGCAUGGACGAGUUCCUCAUGAUGUGA